AUGUCUCGGGGCUCGGCACCGCUCCGUGGCCGCCGGGGAAGCGCCUGCUCCUGCCUCCCGGCCCCGAGGCAUCUCCCCCCGCCGGGCGGCGGCGGCGGCGGCGGCGCGCUCCCCACCGGGCUGGGGCUGGGAACCGGGCACCGGGCUUAUUUCCCACGCAGCUCCACCGCGCCGAGGGACCGGCCCGGCCGAGCAGCGAACAUGUCCAGCCGCGCACCCGCGCCCAGGCACCGGCAGAGCCGCGGCAGGGGGAACCGGCACCGCUACGGGCUGACGGCACCGCCGCGUCCCAUCCCGUUACAGGUCUCCGCGCUCCCGCCGCCCCUCCUCACUGCCUCACGCUCCCGGGAAGGCGGCGGCGACCGCCUCAGUCGCUCCGCGGCCAGGCGCGACCCUCCCCCGCUCUCACGGCGAGGACUGGGGCCGCAUCUCGGCCCAUCCGUGUCCCCCCGCCGGGCGGGCUCCGGCGCGCGCCCCCCGCCCCCCACCGCAGCGGCGACACCGCCCCCGGCCACCCCGACAAAGGUGGGGCCCAGAGCGCGGGGCGGCGGGUGGCUCCUCCCCGGCGGCACCCGGCUGCUCGCCGCGGCCGAGAAGGCCCUUCCCCGCGGCGGGGGAAGGCGCUCCCCCUACGCCGCCUCCCCCGCCCCCCGAGCUCCCACAACGCCGGGCAGCCCCCGGCCCCGCGCGGCCUCCUCCCGCGGGCCCUCGCUCGCCGCCGGGCAACGGCUCAGCCCCUCCGCGCUGCCAGCGCCUUCCCCCCGCGCCGGGCUCGCCGGCGAGGGGCAGCUCCGAGCCGCUCCGCCUCCUUCCCUUGCCGGCCGCCGGCUGCGGGCGGGAGCCGAGGGCCGGAGAUCCUCCUCCUCCUCCUCCUCCUCCCCUACUCCUCCUCCCCCGCCGCGGCUCGCGCCCCCGCCGGCCCGCCCCAGCAGCACCAACGGCUCCGCCGGCUCCAGACACAAAGCGGGGUCGCUCCAACCGCCAGCCCUGGCACCCGACCCGCCGGCCAGGCCACGCCCCCCGCCCCUCACUGGCGGGGCCGGCCGCCGCCCCGCCCCUGCCCGCCGCGCCCCUGACCAUAGAGGUGGGCCUCCAGGCAGGCCCUGAGAUUGCAUCAGCCUUGAACGCCACGGACUUUGUCUCAAAAACCCCGAAGCUUCUGCCUCGUCCCCUGCUUCAAGGCCCUGUUGUCGCAGGCCCUGUUGAGCUCUGCCGCAGCACUGGCAAUACUACCUACCUCUCCCUCCCUCUACCUCUCCCGGCAAGUCCACCCAUCUCAUACGGCUUCAGCCACCAGACUCUCACAAGCAAAAGCACUAUCUGCCUCUUAAAUUGAAGAGAUUUUUAUGAUUUCAAAACAAAAGAUAAAGUCAACUGGCUGAGCUGUUCAUAUGCUUUAACCUUUGCUAUAUUGCAUAGGACAAGAGAGAUAAUUGAGGCCAGCAGUUGAUGGGAGAACUGGACUGGAAUGUAGUAUCUGAUGUUGUGGCCCGGCAAGGCUCUUUCAAACAAGUUUUACUGGGCGUAGUGUAGAAAAGGGUUCUUAAAAACAUUCUGCACACAGAGGGCACCUUCAUAUCUGGGCUUCUCCACAGGGUCAAUUAUGGGAAAUUGCUUCCCUGUGCCUAACUUCUUACGCCAGGUUCAAGAAUGGGGUACAAGGAAUACAAAUUCAAAAAUCCAAUUCCACCCCUCAAAAUAGUAAAUGCUACUAAAUAAAAAAGUGUAGUUGCAAAUCAGAGUUGGAAUUUUAAUGAUAAUAAAAGGCUUCUUUGCAUAACUCCAUUCUUCUUCACAAGCCCUAACAGGUGAAGUAGAUGUACUCUAGUUCUUGCAUCAUCAGGAGAAUUAUUAAAUAAAUUGUAAUAGGA